AGGGAGGACCUGUGCCUGGCCUCAGCCUGGCCGCGAGGACCCUGCCAGACAUCGUGUGGAUAUCUUUACAGUAGGUGUGUCCGCCACAUUCGUACGUCUCCAGGAUGCAUUUAGUCAACACAUGGCCUUAAGGGUGAAACUUGCAUUACGGCGAGAAGUAAAGAGACAAAUACUAGCAAAUGGCGGUGGCGAAAUUGAGUAUAAGGAUAACACUGGACCUUGGUGGUGAUGAACGUUAUUGAGUAACUCUCCUUACUGGAGUGUGUAGAGAGUGCAAUCCAAGUCAAGUGAGGGAAGUGAGCAACAAUGAGUCCUUUCCAGCAGCUAAAGGGUGAAGAGCAGGGCUGAGAAGUGGAAGAUUACUAGCCCAUCAUGACUAAUGCAUGGACAGUAUGGGGCCUCCUGCUGUCCCUGGCUGCACCAUCCUUCAGCUACAAGAUAUCCACUCUGGAUGCAAUGGAGGUGUGCAACGAGACCAUAUACCUUGGCGCUGGACUCAAUUCAGCUGCCAUUCUCACUCUUACCUCGAAGAGCUACUAUGACUACACCCCAAUGCACUGCUACAUCCGUUUUGUUGCUUCCAUGCACCCAUGGUCAGGACUCACUGGUGUGCUGGAGGAUAUAGACCUGAGGCGCUUUGACGAUCCCAGUAGACAUCACCAUCCCGAGAAUGAUUGUGUUGACUACAUAAUAGUGAGAGACCAGACAGAUUUGCCACAAGGACGUCAAUGUGGGUCUUGGUCAGUGGGAGUACGGGAUGAACUGAGUCCUUUAGGGCCAAAGCGGGCACUGGUAGGGUAUUGCCCUACUCACUCAACAGCUUCAAGCUCUGGCUCACAACGAUGUGGUGUAUCAACAGAGAUACAUGUGGAGGUAUCAGUGGGAGAGCGAGACAACUUACCCCUGUGGAGCAAUGUGAAGUGGGAACGACACCGAGGAUUCAGGCUGGUUGUCACAGCCUAUGGCCAUUCUUAUGGUGAGUCAAAAUGUGCCGAUGGAUUGCGGUCAUGUGGUCUUAUUGACCACCAGAAAGAGAUGUGUGUCCAUGAAUCACUCUGGUGUGACCAUCACAUCAACUGUGGCCAACCACACAACCUGGAUGAGAUGUCCUGUUUCAACUCUUAUGUCACCAUGGAGGGUCUGGUGCCUGUGAUGGUGGGGCCCUGGGUGGGUGCAGCACUUCUGCUGCUCUUGUUGGUGGCUGGAGUGGUGUACUGGCGCCAUGCCCGACCCCCUGCUCCUAGGGAUCCUCGUCCACCACAGGAAUUAAAUUCAUAUGCAGAGUCUUAUGAGGUGUCCUCUACUCUAUCCUCUGCUCACCAUAUGGCUAUACAGGUGCGAGUGGUGUGCAACUCUGGGCAUGGCAUGGUGGGCAACGGAGCAACACACCUUACCACUACACAGCUGCCACCCCCACAUUCACUCCAUAGAUGGCCUGGAUCUUCCACUGCCACCAUGGACCUUCCACCCUCUUAUGAAUCUCUUUUCCCACAUGGGCCACCUUCCCCUAGGAGUUGCAUGGCUGCCACCCCUGCCACCCCUGCAUCUGCUGCCAGCCUGGACAUCACUGCCACCACCACUUCCCUUCUUUCCUUAGGUUCAAGCACAGGGGCUGCCUCACCAGGCCAUAACUACCCUCCUGCUGCUGCUUCUGCUACCCAGACUUCAAAUAUUGUUAUUCCUUUGAGUGCCAUCUGUAGCUCUACACACACUCCCAGCAUAAGCACAACUUCCACCACAGUUACCACAGCACCCUCCUCCAAUCACAGUAACACUACUACCAUCACUGAGGCUGCGUCCACCUCCACUACUUUUACCUGUAGCAUCAAGUUCUGCCUCUGUUGCCCAAGUGAAUGCCCCAUCUGUAGAAUUCACACCCCUUGUCCAACCGGAAGAUUCAGCCAUUUCUCCAUCCAGCCUGUGUGGGGAUCCUCUCCUACACUGUAGCACCACACACCACACACCCUGCCCACCACCUCCACCUUAGAACAAUUUGGUUCCACCUAGUGCUGCUUCAAGAUUUGCCACACUCCAGACCUCUUUUUGUCAGUUAAGUGAUUUACUGGAGUUAUUGUAAAGAAGCUUUAGUCUACAUUGUAGCAAGGGCUGGAAUGGAAAGUGAAUGGUGGUGCAUCUGAAAAGAUGGGAGAGAUGGAAAAAAUUAUGAUGUAAUGAGUAUGAAGUGGGAGACAUGUGAAGCAUGAAGAAUAGAAAUUGAGAGAGAGACCAACAUAAUGUGUAUUUGAUAAAGGAAAGGUAACUAGGACUGCAGUAGAGUAGAUGCCCUGAUGACUUUUGUAAGGUUCUUGUAUAAUUAUAAUACAUGGAGAAAAUUGGAGUAGUCAUGAAAUGAGCUAAGUGUGUGGUGAAGAAAUUGAUUUUCUGAAGUAUAAAGGAAAUACAUCAUUGGAAGUUCUUUAAAUGAAUAAGAAAACUUUUCUAAAAUCAUGCGUGUUGUAAUCAUGGGAACGUACAAAGUAAUGUGUGAGCUUGCUAAUCUUAGUAUGUGUGGACUAGUCCAAAUUUUGUCAAAAUUCUAUAAAGUGGCUUUUUAGGUAAGGAGAAUUCAAUGUACUGAAUUUGAAAAUUAAUCAAUUUAGAAUUAGAAAGAAUUGCCAUAUAAUUGAAAAUAAAGUAAUUGAAUGUUUUAAGUUGGAUACUUAAAGAUCAUUAAUUUAUAGAUAAAUGUCCAGACAUUCAACUUUUUUUUUUUUACAAGUUCUGGAAAUUAAAGUAAUAAACAGUGA